AUGUGCUGGGCACAUAUGAAAAGGAAUGUUGAAAAUCGUAUAUGUCAUAUAAAUGAUAAAGAUAUUGCAAAAGAAAUUAUGGAAGAUAUUGAAAUGCUUCAAUUGUGUAAUUCUACAGUUAUAUUUAAAUUAGCAUCAGCAUUAUUUAUCAAGAAAUGGAAAAUGAACAACAAACAAACAAACCAAUCAAUCUUAGAGUUUUUGAAUUAUUUCGAUAACGAAUGGCUUAAAUCAAAUGAUGGUUGGUACGAAGGUUUACAACUUUAUACACCAAGUACAAACAAUGCCUUAGAGGCAAUCAAUAAAACAAUUAAAGACGAUGGAACGUUUAGAGAACGUCUCGUUUUAUCAAGAUUUUUAACAAUAGCUUCAAAUAUUGUUAAUAACUGGUCAAUUGAACGAGAUAGUUCCUCAAUUAAUGUGAAAUUAUUUGCUACAGAACCAACAAUAUCUUUAAAAUUAUGGACUUCAUCAUAUCAAUGGGCCAAAUUAAUAAAAGACAUAGUAUGUAUUCCAAAUGUUUCCUCAAAAAAAUAUUAUAUACCAGCUCGUGAUUUACAAUCCAUUACACAAGCCACCUUAGAUAAAUAUGAAAAUAAAAAAUGGACAACUUUUAAUCAAUUCAAAAAGUCAUUUGAUAUUUGGUGUAUGGAAAUGGAAAAUGGUUCAGAUUGGAAAACAUCAAAAUGCAACUGCCCAGCUUUUUUAAAGAACUAUAUAUGCAAACACACUGUCGGUAUGGCAAUUCGUUUGAAAUAUUGUAAACCGCCAGCAGCAGCAAAGACAGUACCAAUUGGUGAGAAAAGAAAAAGAGGUAGACCAGCAAAGGCUAAACCUGCUUUGCUGGUACAAUAA